GUGACCAAUUUUCAUAACUAUCUUGGUAUAAAAGAGUUUCCAAAUUUUACCCCAAACAUUCUUAAUAUUAUUUCGGUAGUGUAAUCCUAUUGAGAUAAUAUAAACAUUAUAAUGUUUAAGUUCGCUGUCUUAAUUCUGUGCUUUCAGACUUGUCUGAUUCAAACUGCCAUGAGCAAAUCGUGCGAAUGCAACUCGUACGGCGGUACCGGCACCGGCCAGGUGGGCGUGUCCGGCAACAUCGACGCGUGCGGCACCACCUGCGUCGACGGCUCCGUGCCCGUGCUCGGCUCCGUCUGCUUCGGCGGCUGCGCACCCACCAGCGGUUCCGUCUCCAUCUCCGGACAGUGUGGUUGCGGCUGCCAGUCUGAACAGACAUUAUUAUCUUCUGCAUCCACAUACAUCCCGUCAGGUAGCAGUAACGCUAAUGCAGUCGCAGCAGGGCAGCAGUCUGCACGCAUUACGCCUAUUAUCAGCCAGAGUUCCAGGAUCAGCAAGACUUCACCCAGCUUCAGCAGUGCUUGCGCCUGCCAAAAUGCCCGGCUUGGCCAGAGCGCACCUAGUAUCAGACAAAAAAGUCCGUCUAGUGCAAGCAUCAGCCAAAAUACGCCAAGCUUCAGUCUAAGUAAGAAUGCUGUCAGUAAGCCAAGAGCCAGCUUGAGUAAGCCAAUAGCCAGCUUGAGUAAGCCUAGUAUCAGCUUGAACAGUGGAUCCGGAUACAGGGGUACUGGCACCGGACAGGCGGCCGUGUCCAUCGACAUCGACGCGUGCAGCGCUACCUGCGUGGAAGGCGCCGUGCCCGUGAUCGGUUCCGCCGGAUUCAGCGGAGGUUCAAGAAGCAGCUUAAGUAAGCCUAGUAUCAGCUUGAACAGUGGAUCCGGAUACAGGGGUACUGGCACCGGACAGGUGAGCGUGUCCGGCGACAUCGACGCGUGCGGUGCUACCUGCGUGGAAGGCGUCGCGCCCGUGCGCGGUUCCGUGGGAUUCAGCGGAAGUUCAAGAGCCAGCUUGAGUAAGCCUAGUAUCAGCUUGAACAGUGGAUCCGGAUACAGGGGUACUGGCACCGGACAGGUGAGCGUGUCCGGCGACAUCGACGCGUGCGGUGCUACCUGCGUGGAAGGCGUCGCGCCCGUGCGCGGUUCCGUGGGAUUCAGCGGAAGUUCAAGAGCCAGCUUGAGUAAGCCAAGAGCCAGCGUGAGGAAGCCUAGUAUCAGCUUGAACAGUGGAUCCGGAUACAGGAGUACCGGCACCGGACAGGUGGGCGUGUCUGGCGACAUCGACGUGUGCGGCGCUACCUGCGUGGAAGGCGCCGUGCGCGGUUCCGUGGGAUUCAGCGGAAGUUCAAGAGCCAGCUUGAGUAAGCCUAGUAUCAGCUUGGACAGUGGAGCCGGAUACGGGGGUUCCGGCACCGGACAGGCGGGCGUGUCCGGCGACUUCGACGCGUGCGGCGUUACCUGCGUGGAAGGCGCCGUGCCCGUGCUCGGUUCCGUGGAAUUCAGCGGAUGUUCACCGAUUUGUGGCACUGUCACUAUUAAUGGAAAGUGCGAGUGCGAUUGCAAUUGAGGUUUGAGAGAAUUAAAUAUGAAUAUUCAUUGAAUA